AUGAAUGGAGGUUCCUUAUUGGCCAUGGCUGGGAAAGAUUGCGUAGCCUUGGCUGUUGACCGACGAUUCGGUAGUGGACCUGCCCUAGUGAAUGUCGGGCCACGGUCCGUUCUGGCUCCGUCAUCCCUAUUACUGGUCGGCUUUACUGGAAUGGAAGGCGACGUACAGUCGUUGAAACAAGAGCUUGCCGCGCAAGUUGCCCGAAAGUAUCAGAGAGGUAUGGGAAUCUCGGGAACAGAAAACCAAAGAUUCAUUUCUCCCCGGUCCAUGACAUCACUGACUAGUCACGUACUCUACAAUCGAAAACGGGCGCCGUAUUUUGUUGAACCACUCGUGAUUGGCCUCGAACCUUGCGUUUCUGAAAAGAAAAUGUCACCCAUCAGCUCGGAUGCAACAGUAAACUCCACAACGGCAUACCGACCAUAUCUGUGUUCGCUCGACAUGAUAGGUGCGACCUCUUUAUCGAAUGAGUUUGUUUGUGCAGGCGCAGCAAUCAAGUCCAUCUACGGAACCGCCGAAGCCGCCUACCAACCAAAUCUGUCAGGAGAUGAACUCGUGGAAGCAUGCGGAAAAGCAUUUUUAAGUGCUCUGGAACGAGAUUGUUUAAGUGGUUAUGGCGCCGUUGUAUACCUCAUCACUUCCGAUGGAAUUGUUGCCUACGAACUCGAAGGCCGUAACGAUUAA